AUGGAGAGCGAACGUGACAUGUACCGCCAGUUCCAGGACUGGUGCCUCAGGACUUACGGGGACUCGGGCAAGACCAAGACGGUGACCCGUAAGAAAUACGAGCGGAUCGUCCAGCUCCUCAACGGCUCCGAGGCGAGCUCCACCGACAACGCCAAAUUUAAAUUCUGGGUCAAGUCGAAGGGUUUCCAGCUGGGCCAGCCGGAUGAGGUCCGCGGGGUAGGCGGCGGCGCCAAGCAAGUGCUCUUCGUGCGGGUCAAGACCACGGAUGGCGUCGGAGUUGAUGAGAAGCUGUCCUUAAGGAGAGUGGCUGUGGUUGAAGAUUUCUUUGACAUCAUCUACUCCAUGCAUGUGGAAACAGGGCCGAAUGGAGAACAAAUCCGGAAGCACGCUGGGCAGAAGAGAACGUACAAGGCAAUUUCAGAGAGCUACGCCUUCCUACCAAGAGAAGCGGUGACACGGUUUCUAAUGAGCUGUUCCGAGUGCCAGAAAAGAAUGCACUUGAACCCAGACGGAACCGAUCACAAAGAUAAUGGGAAGCCUCCUACAUUGGUGACCAGCAUGAUCGACUACAACAUGCCAAUCACCAUGGCAUACAUGAAGCACAUGAAACUGCAGCUGCUAAACUCACAGCAAGAUGAGGAUGAGAGUUCGAUAGAAAGUGAUGAAUUUGAUAUGAGCGAUUCAACAAGGAUGUCAGCCGUGAACUCUGACCUUAGCUCCAAUCUAGAAGAAAGAAUGCAAAGUCCCCAGACUCUCCAUGGCCAGCAAGACGAUGACUCUGCUGCAGAGAGCUUUAAUGGCAACGAGGCUCUGGGGCACAGCUCGAUUGCUUCAGGGGGAGCACAUGGCAGGGAGACUGGGGACUCCAGCAGUGAUGGCAAAGCCGGACUGGAGCAGGAGGAGCAGCCACUGAACCUGAGCGACAGCCCCCAUUCUGCACAGCUGACUUCAGAAUACAGUAUAGAUGACCAAGGCAGUAAUGGGAAAAACAAGUAUAAGAACCUUCUAAUCUCUGAUCUCAAGAUGGACCGAGAAGCGCGGGAAAAUGGAAACAAGUCUCCGGCACACAGCUACUCCAGCUAUGACUCUGGCAAAAAUGAGAGUGUUGAUCGAGGUGCCGAGGAUCUGUCACUCAACAGGGGAGAUGAAGAUGAAGAUGAGCAUGAUGAACAUGAGGAUUCUGAGAAGGUGAACGAGACGGAUGGUGUGGAAGCAGAGAGGCUGAAAGCUUUCAAUAUGUUUGUCAGGCUGUUUGUAGAUGAAAACUUGGACCGAAUGGUCCCAAUCUCUAAGCAGCCCAAAGAAAAGAUCCAAGCUAUCAUUGACUCAUGCAGGCGACAAUUCCCUGAGUAUCAAGAGCGUGCCAGAAAACGUAUCCGUACUUACCUCAAGUCCUGCAGGCGGAUGAAAAGAAGUGGUUUUGAGAUGUCUCGACCUAUUCCUUCCCACCUUACUUCAGCAGUUGCAGAGAGUAUCUUGGCUUCAGCCUGUGAAAGUGAGAGCAGAAAUGCUGCCAAGAGGAUGCGCCUGGAGAAACCACAGGACGAGGCCACUCCCACUGACAAACAGUGCAAGCCCGAGGCAGCCCAGGCCACCUACUCGACAUCUACUGUUCCAGGCUCCCAGGAGGUACUGUACAUCAAUGGCAAUGGGACCUACAGUUACCAUAGUUACCGAGGGCUAGGAGGAGGACUGCUAAACCUGAAUGACACUUCUAGUAGUGGACCCACAGAUCUCAGCAUGAAGAGGCAGCUGGCGACCGGCUCAGGAUCCUCCGGCAGUUCCAACUCCAGACCUCAGCUGAGUCCCACGGAAAUCAACGCGGUGAGACAGCUCGUGGCGGGGUAUCGAGAAUCCGCGGCGUUCCUCCUGCGCUCCGCGGAUGAACUGGAAAAUCUCAUUCUGCAGCAGAACUGAGGCGGACGACGUCCGUGCUCGCUGAGGUCUGGAUUUGCAGUUUCCACUCUUGAUUAUCCUGGUCGUGCUGCACAGUCUCUUCAGAGAAACCCUUCCAUCGUGCCACGUUGUCCUUGAUCUACAUUCUGGUGUGUCAGGGAACUUCAAAGGAACUCUGACCUUGGAGUGCUUGAGAUGCUCAAAUGUGCCCAGCCUCUUGCUUUCUGUUUUAGCCUGUCAGCAUAAAUAUCAUAAGCAAUUUUUUUCAAAAAAAAAAUACACAAGGCUGUGUACUCUUAAUUCAAGGAUAAAAAUGAAGAAGCUUGUGGUAGAUUACAAAAAAGAA